UCGGAGUUGAAGAGACUUAGAGAGGACGGAGCUCCAGAGGCCUAGGGUUUCGUCUUCUUCCAAAUAGCCUUUGCCCGUAUCACAGAGUCCUUCUCUUCUCGCUGUCUUCCAUCUGUUCCUCUUGUUUUUUUCUCUCUCCUCGAUUUGAUGGGCAGGCUCGCCAUUCGCCAUUGCUUCUUUAAAUCCCCGUCUCGGCCGUCUACUUCGUUACCGACUUCUUGGUGGAACAGGAGGAGCAAGAAGGGACGGCGGGCAUCAAAGAAUCUUUGUUUUUUUUUCCCUUCUGUUUCCUUACUCCCUGGGAUCCUGGAUCGGUUGUUUGGUGAGGACUUGGAUUUUGAAUGUAGGGUUUCGAGAAAGGAGAGAAGAUUGAUUGCAUAAAUUCUGGAGGUUUGCAAGGAGAGUUGCCGCUGCAGAUAGUUUCAUCUUGAAUCGCCUGGCAGGUGAAGCCAACUGAGGGCAACUAUGGAUGAUAAAUCAACUGUACUUGAAGCCAUUAGCAAGGAAAUUGUUGAUCUGGAAAACAUUCCCAUCGAAGAGGUUUUUGAGAGCCUUAAUUGCACAAGAGAAGGUCUAACAUCUGAAGCUGUUCAAGAGCGGCUGGCUGUAUUUGGUUUUAACAAGCUUGAAGAAAAAAAGGAAAGUAAAAUACUCAAAUUUUUGGGGUUUAUGUGGAAUCCAUUAUCUUGGGUCAUGGAAGCUGCAGCUGUCAUGGCCAUUGCUCUUGCACAUGGAGGGAAAGAUAUAAGAGGACAGGUGAGGAAUUUGUAAAUCAACUAGGGUAACUAUUAGAUUUUGGUGUUUUGAAUAUGUAAAAGAACAUGUGCUAAUUAGGAAAUUUUGUGAGCGGUUAAAUAAUUGUUUUCUCUCAUGUAUGUCUUACAUUAUACUAAAGCAAAGCUCGAGAAAUUUAAGUCUUGAACUGCACGUGUGUGUGCACACACAUACACAAUAUUAUAUAGAUAGAUAGAUAGG